GAGAGCUGAGGGAGUUGUGCUGGCGUCAGGAUGGGCUGCGCGAUCUCUGGAUCCGGAUUGACACCGAGAACAGCAGAGAGCAGACACACCGAGGACGAAGCUCCAGCGAGACUCACUCCGGAUCACAUCCAGCUCAUCAGAGAGUCCUGGAAAGUCAUCCAGGAGGACAUCGCCAAAGUGGGAAUAAUCAUGUUUGUCCGGUUGUUUGAGACACAUCCCGAGUGUAAAGACGUCUUCUUCCUGUUUCGGGACGUGGAGGAUCUGGAGAGGUUACGCACCAGCAGAGAGCUUCGCGCCCACGGCCUGCGCGUGAUGUCGUUCAUCGAGAAGAGUGUGGCCAGACUCGAUCAGCUCGAGCGCUUAGAGACUCUGGCGCGGGAACUCGGCAAGAGCCACUUCCGCUACAACGCACCGCCAAAGUACUACGGGUAUGUGGCAGCCGAGUUCAUCUGCGCUGUUCGGCCGGUUUUGAAGGACAGAUGGACGUCUGAACUGGAGCAGGCCUGGAAGACGCUGUUCCAGUACGUGACGGCGAUCAUGAAGGACGGGUAUCUGGAAGAAGAGCGGAGCAAACGCAGCCACACACUGACCUCCAGCAAAGAGCGACCGGACAAGAGAAACACGGCCAUUUAAUUUCACAGAC